AUGGCGCGCGCGAUCGUGGGCGCGCGCGGGCGUCUCGUCGACGUGCGGCGGACGCGAUGGCGGGGGAAGGGGGGGCGGUGGAUCGCGCGACGGGCGACCGAUGCCGAUGAUGAUGAUGAUGAUGAUGAUGAUGAUGAUGAUGUUGACGACGACGACGACGACGGGCGAGCGGUGCGUCGACGGGGCGCGAACGCGGCGGUCGAGGACGAUGUCGAACAAAUGCGCGCGCUUCGGGGGACGUACGGGACGACGUGGGCGCUCGCGAGCGCGGUGGUGCUCGUGGAGGCGUCAAAGUGGGCGCGCGGCGGCGACGCGGGCGGCGGCGGGACGGCGGCGGCGCUCGUGGGAAUGGUCGUCGCCGCGCGGGCGUGGGAUGCGAUGGGAAGGGUGGCGCGGGGGGAGGUGAUGGCGGUGCGAGGGACGUGUCCGAAUCCGCGGUGUCGAGAGAGGGUGUUUGCGUUUUUGAAGACGCGCGGCGGGACGUCGAAGACGCGCGCCGAGUGUCACUGUUGCGCGAGGAAAAUCGUGUUCGACGCGACGUUCGAGCGCGAGGCGACGGUGGGGGCGCCGUGGGGUGGGAUGACGUGCGCGCCGGGGGGGCGGGUGUAUUUGCUGCGCGAAGAGGAUGACGUUGAGUGA